UUGUACAUUAGCAUAACCUUAAUUCAUCAGGCAUGCGGAAAAUCACAAACUUUAAAAACUAAAACACAAAAUGAGUAGAAACAAAGAAUUAUUAUCAAAAAUAGGCUUAAGAUUAGACGGAAGACGUGCAAACGAAUUACGCAGAAUAAGAUGUAAAUUAGGUGUGUUUGGUCAACCAGAUGGCAGUGCUUAUCUUGAACAAGGAUUAACAAAAGUUUUGGCUGCAGUUUAUGGACCACAUCAGGUCAGAGGGAAUAAAAGCAAAGCGCGUCAUGAUGAAUGUAUCCUCAACUGCCAAUUCUCAAUGGCAGUGUUCUCCACAUCAGAAAGAAAAAAACGUCCUCGAGGUGAUAGAAAAUCCACAGAAAUGUCUUUACAUUUACACCAAGCACUCCUCUCCGUAAUAAAAACCGAAUUAUAUCCUUGGUCACAAAUUGAUGUGUAUGUAGAAGUGUUACAUGCCGAUGGUGGAGUAUAUUCAGCCUGUGUAAAUGCAGCAACUUUAGCAUUGAUAGAUGCAGGCAUUCCACUCAAAGAAUAUGUCUGUUCAUGCACAGCCAGUUUAGCAAACAAUGAUAUACCAAUGGUAGACAUAGCACAUCAAGAAGAAAUGCUUGGUGGAGCUACACUAACUGUUGCAGCAAUGCCAAUGUCUGGAAAAAUAGUUCUCAUGGAAAUGUCUCAAAGGUUUCACAUGGAUCACCUAAGUAAAGUCAUGGAGAAAGCCCUGCAGGGAUGCAAAGAUAUAAAAGUUAUCCUAGAUCAAGCUAUUAGAGAUCAUGUAAAAGAUGUGGGAUGUUCAACUGGCUGGGCGAACACGAAUCAAAAGGUCGGUCGAUAAAAAAUUGUAUUUUUAAAAAGUGAAUAAAAUAUUUCAUUACA